AUGGGAAAAAAAAUUGUCUUUAAUAUUUCAAGUGAAUUUCAAUUGAAAUCCUUACUAGGUGAGGGUGCUUAUGGUAUUGUUUGCUCUGCAGUUUAUAAACCAACUGGGGAAAUAGUAGCAAUAAAAAAAAUUGAACCAUUUGAAAAACCAUUAUUUGCUUUACGUACAUUGAGAGAAAUAAAAAUUUUAAAGCACUUCCAGCAUGAAAAUAUCAUCUCAAUUUUUGAUAUUCAAAGACCAGAGAGCUUUGAAAAUUUUAAUGAAGUAUAUAUUAUUCAAGAGCUGAUGCAAACAGAUUUGCAUCGUGUUAUAUCUACUCAAACAUUAACUGAUGAUCAUAUUCAAUAUUUUUUAUAUCAAACAUUAAGGGCAGUAAAAACUUUGCAUGGUUCAAAUGUAAUUCAUAGAGAUUUAAAACCUUCAAAUUUACUAAUUAAUUCAAACUGUGAUUUAAAAAUAUGUGACUUCGGUUUAGCAAGAAUUGAUAAUGGGAAUGAGCCUAAUGAGGGGAAAACACCAGAGACUAGUGCAAUGACAGAAUAUGUAGCAACAAGAUGGUAUAGAGCCCCUGAAGUAAUGCUUACUGCUGCCAAGUAUUCAAAGGCUAUGGAUGUCUGGUCGUGUGGCUGUAUACUUGCAGAAUUAUUCCUUAAAAGACCUAUUUUUCCUGGUAAAGAUUAUAGACAUCAAUUAAUGUUAAUUUUUGGAUUCUUAGGAACUCCGACUAUGGACGAUCUAGAGUGUAUUGAGUCUAAAAGAGCAAGAGAUUAUAUUUCGAGUUUGCCAAAAUACAAAGCAGUAAAUUUAGAAAAAACAUUUCCAAAUGUGAAUCCACUAGGAUUAGAUCUAUUGCAUAAGAUGCUACUAUUUAACCCAAAUAAUAGAAUCACUGCGGAACAAGCACUGGAGCACCCAUAUUUAAGAACUUAUCAUGAACCAAAUGAUGAACCAGAAGGGGAGCCAAUACCCCCAAGUUUUUUUGUUUUUGAUAAUUAUAAGGAUUCAUUGACAACGAAAGAUUUAAAGAAGCUGCUUUGGAACGAGAUUUUCAAUUAA